AUCUACCCUAGGUUCUGCUCUGCUGGCAAGCUACAGCUAGCAGCUGCUGCUGCUGCUACCAAGACCGUCGACCAAGCUUCCACUAACCCAGACGCUGUUGCUGUUGCCACCAAGCCUCUUCUAGACCAAGACUGUUACUGCUACUACUACUAGUAGCUGUUGCUGUCGCUGCUAAGUCUCUAGACUAACUGUUGCUGAUCAUCGUUUCUCCAACUUGCAUUGCGUUGCGACUCGCCAGUAAUUCCCAGCAAUUGACCUGGACGUAGUUUUCAUACCCAUCACGUUCUGGCUAUUACGGUUUCACUUCGAUCCAUGGCUCAGCAGUUCCAGCAAUUUCCCGCUCAAUUGCUCGUCGAAGGUCCCUUAUCCCAGCGGCGAGGGUGGAGACUCGGAGUGUGCUUCGGUCGAGAUUCAUGGCGGGAAUCUCGCCUCACAGCGCUGUGUCUUCUCCUUCUCCUGGUUCUGCCGUCUGCAGCUAAGAGCAAUGUACGCAGCAGCAGCAACGUCAGUCUCGACCCUUCCAUUGGGCUGAGACACUCUGAUUUCUUGGGACAGCAGCACAGGGAGAUGAGACAGCUCCAGAGUUUGAGAAAGUCCAAGUGCAAUGUACGCAGACGCAGCAGCAGCAACGUCAGUCUCAACCCUUCCAUUGGCGUCAGACAAUCUGAUUCCUUGGGACAGCAGCACAGGCAGAUGAGACAGCUUCAAGACUCGAGAAGCCUCCAGAGUCUGAGACAACCCCAGGUUGUUGGGCCAACGCGCUUCAAGCCAAACAACAUCGCACCCACUGUGCCCGCGCUCGCUGCCAGCCAGUCACCAGUCAUCCCAUCCGACCUGGGCCCCGAGAUAGUCUCCCAAUGCGGGAAGGGUAUUUGCGUAAAGAACUCCAAUUGGUGUGGGGUAAUGCACAGCCCAAUCCGAGUGUACCUCGUGUGGUACAGCCGCUUCACUGAGUCCCAGAAGAAUGUUCUUCGAACGUUCAUCCGCUCCCUCAGCAGCACUGAAGGCACGGUGUCUGCCUGGUGGCGCACCAACACCCUUUACUAUGACUGCUCGGGCCGCUACGUGUCGAGUACUGUCAUUCUUGCCGGGGAGCACCACGUGCAGCGCCCAUACAAGCUGCUGUGGGGGCUUGGGUCGAUCAAGCGAGUGGUCAAAAAGAGGAUCAAGUCCAGGGCGUUUCCGCUGGAUGAGAAUGCGGUCUACUUUGUGAUGGGCGACAAGAGCGUGGCUCAGAGGGACAGCAGCGGAGCCAUGUGCAGCGCCUACUGCGGCUGGCAUGACUUUGUCAAGAUUCGCAAGAAGCUCAUCAAGGUUUCUUAUGUGGGCAGCCCGGACAAGUGCCCCAGCAGCUGUUGGCUGUCGGCCUUCGCAUUCAAUCCCAGCCCCAACAAGGACAGCAGCUUCGACUCCCUCGUCAGCACCUUCGCGCACGAGCUCGCAGAGGCCACCAGCGACCCCUACAUCAGCACCUGGUUCGACAGCCUGGGACGAGAAAAUGCCGACAUAUGUGCCUGGAGGACUGGAGAUCUGUCCUUCACGGCUGAUGGCGCAGCCUACAAUCUGGAAGGGGUGGACGGGUCCAAAUUUCUCGUCCAGCAGAAUUACGACCCGGUUCAACGAACCUGCGUCACCACCACUGCGUGAAACCUGCUGCUGUGUGAACCUGUUGCUGCGUGAUUGGAUUCGACGAACCUGGUGCUGCUGCUUGACUAGCUUCAAUGAACCUGGGCCUGCAUCACCCCCGCUGCUGCUGCGGCUUCUGCGUGACUAGGUUCAAUGACCCUGGGCCUGUGUCACCACCGCUGCUGUUUCGUGACCUGAUUCAACGAAUCUGAGCAUGCGUCACCACCUCUGCCUCCCCCCUCUCUCAAGCCCUAACUCGAAAGGUAUUGCUGGUUCUGGAAUCUUGAAGUGUUCAGCAUUCUUAGUCCGCCGCCCUCCAUGACACCCGAGAGGAGUCUGUGCCGUCAGCUGUGUGAGCAGUGGUGGUGGGGGCAGCAGCCGCAGCAGUACUGGCAGCAGCCGCAGCAGUACUGGCAGCAGCUGCAGCAGUACUGGCAGCAGCCGCAGCAGUAGUGGCAGCAGCUGCAGCAGCAGCACUGGCAGCAGCUGCAGCACUAGCACUGGCAGUAUCUGCAGCAGCGGCACUGGCAGAUCGGUAUCCCUGUGAAGGCAGUGGAGAGCAAGUGUGUGGCGCAGCAGCAGCAGCAGCAGUGAUGGUGGUGGGGGUGGCAGCAGCGACAGCAGCGGUGCUGGCGGUGGUGGGGGUGGCAGCAGGAACAACAUCGGUGUUGGCGGUGGUGGGGUUGGCAGCAGCAACAGCAGCGGUGCUGGCGGUGGUGGGGGUGGCAGCAGCAACAGCAGCGGUGCUGGCGGUGGUGGCGGUGGCAGCAGCAACAACAGCGGUGUUGGCGGUGGUGGGGGUGGCAGCAGCAACAGCAGCGGUGCUGGCGGUGGUGGGGGUGGCAGCAGCAACAGAAAGGCAGGAGUGAGGCAGAUGAAACAGCACGGGCGCGGGUUACAAGCAUAAGUAUGCUCUACAGGCACAUGCAUGCACUACAGGCACAUGCAUACACAUGUGCUUGCAAUGGGGGCCAGUGUAUUGUGAAAGAAGGCAGGUCGAGCUGCAGUGGUCUCCAUUAGCAUCACAGCAACAGAAAGGCAGGGGUGAGGCAGAUGAAACAGCAUGGGCACGUGUUACAGGCAGAUACAUGCGUAACAGGCAGAUACACUCGUAACAGGCAGAUACAUGUGUUACAGGCAGAUACAUACGUUACAGUCAGAUACAUGCUGUAAGGAAUUAGGAAUUCCUUACUGAGGCUUGCUACAGGGCGUACGACUCGAACAGUCCCGAACCAGCGAUAGGGUUCCAGACCUUUCAGUUCGAGCCUCCUGGGCCUUUUCGGACCUCGCUACGACACAUUGAGGCCCUUCGACACUUUUCCCGAACCUUCCGAUCCUACGUCAAGGAUCACCCUAGGCUUUCUAUAUAUUGUAUUGUCUUUCAUUUUAUUGUCAUUCACU